AUGAAUUUUUAUAAUAGGAUUAAUGAAAGUAAUUCAAGUUUACAAAGUAUAAAUUCUUUUCAAUCUAAUAUAUCAGGUAUAACGGAUUUUAAAAAGGAUUCACUAAUUAAUUUGACACCAAAAAAUAAAUCUAGCCUUAAAUCAAAUAAAGCGAAAGAUGGUGGUUUAAAUGAUUCGGAAUUCGAGAAUGAAAAUUUUUAUAAUAAUGCUAAUUUAAGCAAUUUAAGUUUGAAAAAUAAUGUUAAGGGAUAUGAAUUAUUUCUAAAAGCAGCAGAAAAUCUUACAAUUUCACAAUUUUAUCUUGCUAAUUGUUAUUAUAAUGGAUAUGGGACCGAAUGUGAUAAAGCACUUUCAUUUCAUUGGUAUCAGAAAUCUGUAGAAAAUGGAAGUAUUAUAGGACAGCACUAUUUAGGGCAUUGCUAUGAGUAUGGCAUCGGAACCCAGCAAAGUAGUAAGAAAGCAGUUUAUUGGUAUUACAAAGCAGCUAUCAAUGGAAAUAUCACUGCUAAAUUUUAUUUAGCAUAUUGUUUUAGAUUAGGAAAAGGUGUUAAAAAAGAUAAUAACAAAGCAUUUAAAUAUUAUAAAUUAUUAGCGGAAAAAGAAAUAACUGAAGCACAAUAUCAACUUGGAAAUUGUUUUUUUACUGGAGUUGGAACAGAAAUUGAUAAAAAUCAAGCUUUAUUUUGGUAUAAUAAAGCAGCAAAAAAUGGAAAUAUUAUUUCUAAGGAUAUCAUACAAAACGAAUCAAUAGCGUGUCGUUAUCCUUCACAUAAUUACUAA